AUGACGGCCUCAGUCGUCCGUAGCUGCGAAUCCGUGACACUGAAACAGUACAACAAGGAAGUCAAGAAAGAAGCUCCUGCAGAGGCUGUUGAGCAACCACCACCGCCGGAAAAGAAUGUGGGCCCAGCUGAGACUAACAUUUACAUUAUGGAGGAGAGCACUUUCUUCACAAUCAAGGAAAAGGACAGUGAGGGUGAGGAUGAAGAUGAGGAUGAGGGUAAUGUUGAGGGCGAGAACGGCAAUGAAGCUGUGAAACCCAGUGAAGACGAGCAACGCAGUUCCGACUCCAAGGUUACGCCGUCUAGUUCGUCCGAUAAGCCGGAAGAUCCCCAAGGCCGACAGGCAAUGCCCACCUGA